AUGUACUUUGAAAAUAAAAAGAAGUCCGGUGGGGGGGCCAUCGAGUCCUACAUCAAAAAGGAUCAGCAAAUGAUCAUCACCUUUCAGAAUGAGGAAGAUGCCCAAGAAGUUUUGCAAAGGAAGCAUCACUCAGUGAAGAAAAUUGAUCUGUUCGUGAAGCCAUGGCAAGUGGAGGACUCUCAAGAAUCCCUUCUGUCUACUGUAGUUGUGCUUGAAAAUGUGCAGGAGACAGUAAAAGACUGCAUGUUAAUUAUGCUGGUAGAGAACAUCAGUGGCUUGUCAGAGGAUGAUGGUGACUUCAGUGUGGAAAUGAUUCCUGAAAUACAUGCUGCUGUAGUUACUUUUACUGGAAAUAUUGCUGCUGGGGAGUUUGCUAGCAAGCUUAAUCAAAACCACAGAGCAAAGCAACAAAAUAUUACUGCCCGGUGCCUUGAGCUAACAAGAAGAAUUAGGGCUGAAAAUAUACCACCUAACACACCCAGUGACUAUAUAACUAUCUACUUUGAAAGCAAGAAGAAUGGAGGUGCACAAGUGGUGGAUGUUCAGCAGCUGCCUGAUGAAAAUGCAGCUAUCAUUACAUUCAGUGACCAUAAAGAUGUAACCAAUAUCUUGGCAAAGCAGCAUUCACUCAGCCAAACACCGAUCUUUGUCUAUCCUUACUACAUCUCGCUGGGAACAACUCUAUAUGGAAAGGAAGGGCCUCAAAUAAAGAAGCCAGAUCCAAUUACAGUGCCUCUGGAUCUGUAUAUCUGGGGUUACUUGCAGAGAAAUAAUAGGCUAAUUGAGGCAAUAAGUUGUGAAAUGGCAAAGUGUAAUUGUGUGCUAACAUGGCCUGAACCCCGCUGUGCAGACCCAAAAGUUACUUUGCAUCCUUCAGCUACUUUGUCUGAGCAGAAGAGAUUAGUAUCUCGAUUGAUCAAGACAUGGAAUGAAGAUGUUUCUACAGCAUUUUCACAUAGCAUAUCGAAGUACAAAGCAAUUAAAUGUCCAGUAAGCACAGAGGUGUGGGAAGCCAUUAGAAACCGCUUCACCCACGAUGAAGUUCUGAUAAUCCCGUGUAUUUCCAAGGAUUUAGUUGUUCUGGUAGGUGAAAAAGAAGUUGUGAAGGAUGUUGAACAAGAACUGAAGUUUCUCAUAGAAGAGGCCACCAGAGACAUUGAAAGAGAAAAGCAAAAAACUGAAGAAACGGUGGUAAUGGGUCCAGGGGAAUAUGCAAUUUUACAGAGUACUGGUCUUGAAGAAAAAAUUCAUAUGGAGUUCCCAGCCCUGCAGAUAUCUUCUGCAAAUGAUCGUAAGUUAAUUAACCUGUGUGGAGUGCCUGAGGAAGUUUACAAAGUAAAAGGGGAAAUAUUAGACAAUAUACGCAAAAUGGCAAAGAAAACAGUUAAUAUCCACCCUUACAUUUUCCAGUUUUUAGAGCAUAUUGAUAAUGAAACUUUGUCACAGAGCUUGUUUAUGUCAAAACAAAUUAGUGCCUUUUAUGAGCUUGGCACAGAAGCUAUCAUCUUGAAAGGGAGUUCUCCUGAAGAUGUCCUAAAAGCAGAAGAAGAAAUAAAGAAGGAACUGGACUACAAAACCAUUACUUUGGAGGAUGAGUCAGUCCUCCAGAAGAAGGAAUGGAGGAUGCUCAUCAAGCGAAACUGCUCUGAAGCCAUAACAGUCACUGAGGCAGAGAGUCAGGUCAUCAUUGCUGGUUGUUCUCAAGCAGUAGCAAAAGCCUUUGAGGAAUUUUUUAACUUUAUAGAUGAAAACACGCAAGUACGAAAGAUCGUUGGAGGAAAGCCCAUGGCGGUCAUAAUCUUUUUUGAGAAAGAGAAGACCAAUGUUUGGGGUGACUUACAGAAUAAAGGUGUGGAAGUUGACUUUCGCACACAGAAGAAAUGUAGAGUUAUAUUCUUGAGUGGGCCGAGAAGAGAAGUGCUGAAGGGAGUCACCUUAGUUGAGCAAACUCUGUCUGGCCUGCAUUAUAAGCGUGUGGUAAUUAGAGAGCCAGGAGCCAAGUGGUAUUUCAAAGAGCGAGAACGCUUUUUUGCUGCUCUUGUGAAACAAGAGUUUAAGUGUCUAGUCAGGCUGGAAGAGCAGUCGGAAGAACAGCUGGAAGAACAGCAAGAACAUAGUAAUAUAGGCAAGCCCUAUAGGCAGGUGACCAUAGGUGGAAUUGUAAUAGCAGUUUAUAAAGCUGACUUGUGCACUCAUCCUGUUGAUGUUGUGGUAAAUGCAUCUAAUGAAGACUUAAAACACAUCGGUGGCCUUGCUCAGGCACUGUUAAAAGCAGCUGGUCCGGAGCUGCAACAGGAGUGCGACGAGCUGGUGAGGAAGAACGGGAAUUUGCAGCCUGGGUGCGCAGUUAUCACGGGCGCUGGGAAACUGCCCUGCAAGAACGUCAUUCAUGCUGUUGGGCCCCGGUGGAGGAAGGAUGAAGCAGAAAACUGCAUGUGCUUGUUAAGAAAGACAGUGAAGAAAAGUCUACAACUAGCUGAAACAUACAAUCAUCGUUCCAUAGCUCUACCUGCUAUAAGUGGAGGGAUUUUUGGCUUCCCCCUGGAACUGUGUACAUAUUCAAUUGUAUCCUCCAUCAAGGAGACCUUGGAAGAAUCCAUGGGGGACAGCAGUUUGAAGGAGGUUCAUCUUGUGGAUAUUGCACCGAAUAACAUUCAGGCUUUCAGCAAGGCACUGACAGAAGUGUUUUCAGAUUAUUCACCUUCCAACAAGUCACUGCAUCAGACCAGUACAGUUCAUCAGCCUACGAAAAGCAAAAUUUCUCAAAAUAGCAAGAACUUCUCAUUGGUAACAACUGAGGAAGGUCUUGACAUCAGGCUGAAAAAAGGAAGCAUUGAAGAUGCUACAGUAAGUGUUUUAAAUUAU